GGCGAGCCCUCCCGACUCAACCCAUUGCUGGAGCAGAUACGCCGGCCCCCUCCGAGACCCUUCCCCGGGGCCGGGCACCUCCGAGGGCACGCGGUUCCCUCCCCGGGCCGCAGGAGCCGGCACCCCUGGGGACCCACCAGCUGUCCCCGCCGGGGCCGAGGACGCCUGGAGCCCCCCACGAAGGCCCCGGUCCCCCGGCCCUCCUCCCUGCUCCCGGGCUGGCCCCAGUCCGCAGAGAAUCCCGUUUCCAGGGCUGGGGGCAGCCGGGCUGCCCAGCGCCCCCCGGCUGAGUCGACUCCGAGCCGGCGGGGCAGCCGCGGGUGGGCGCGGAGCCCCGCGGGGGCUGCGGCACCCUGCAUCUCCCCAGCCCCAUGGCGGCCAAGUGGUUCAAGGAGUUCCCAUCCAACCUGAAGACGGUUUCAGAGAAGGCUCGGCCGGGAAGCGGGAGCCUCGGGAAGAGCCGCAAGAAUUCAACUGCUGAGCUGGGGGGCUACCGGGCGGCUGGGGGUGGCAAGGAAGGGGGCAGCCGGCUGUCACGGGACAACCUGCAGGGUCUACUCCAGGCUGCUACCGGGAAGAUGCGGAAGAAUUCCCGAGUGGAGGGAGGGACACCGGAGGGACCCUCCAAAACCUACAUCAACCGCCUCAUCAAGGUGGAGGCUUCCGAGAAGAACGGGAAGGGGCACCCUGGACCCCUGCCUGCCGGCCUGCCUGCCCCCGAGCAGGACAAGGGGAAACCCCCCAAGACAGAGACGGUCAUCAUCCUGGAGGAUUACGCAGACCCCUACGAUGCCAAACGGACCAAGGGGCAGCGGGAUGCUGAGCGCCUGGGGGAGAACGACGGGUACAUGGAGCCCUAUGAUGCCCAGCAGAUGAUCACAGAAAUCCGUCGUCGUGGCUCCAAGGAUCCCCUGGUCAAAGCCAUCCUGCUGCUGGACGGUCCUGGAGAGCCUGGGGAUGGGGGUGCCAAGCUGGAUCUUGCCAAGCGGCUGGGGGGCAAGGAGGUGGCAGGGAAGGGGCCACAGCUCUAUGACACCCCUUAUGAGCCUGGGGAGGGGGUGGCCGGGGGGACCCCAGAGCGCAGGGUGAGGGCUGGUGAUGGGCGCCUGCCCGAGAACGACGAGCGCCCGGCGGGGGAGUAUGAGCAGCCCUGGGAGUGGAAGAAGGAGCAGAUUGUCAAAGCACUGUCAGUCCAGUUUGAGGGCUCGGAGCGUCCUAAGGAGGAGACAGUGCGGCAGCAUCUUCGCCAGAAGAGCUGGACCCCCAAGAUGCUGAAGCCGGCGGGCACCGAGCACAGCGAGGGGGAGCGGGUGGACCCCGCCCUGGCACUGGAGAAACAGCCCUGGUACCACGGGGCCAUCACGCGGGCGGAGGCGGAGAGCCGGCUGCAGCCCUGCCGGGAGGCCGGCUACCUGGUGCGCACCAGCGAGACCGGCAGCGGCAAGUACUCCAUCGCGCUCAAGCCAGCGGCGUCUUCGCCAGCAUCCCUGAAGUUGUGCACUACUACUCCACGGAGAAGCUGCCCUUCAAGGGGGCUGAGCACAUGGCCCUGCUGCACCCCGUCCACUGCAAGCUGCAUUAGCAUCGGCUGACGCCGCCCCCGAGUGCUCUGCGAACCCACCCCGUGGCAUGAGACAGCGAUGGGCUAGUACCACGGGAAGGGUCCGGUGAGAGAGCCCCUGACACGUCUCCAGUCCUGAAAGGACCCCACUCCUGGACUCCAGCAGGGCUGUCCCCCUUUUGCUGGGACAAGUCCUGACCACCCUGUGCCAGAACCGACUUGUCACGGGGCUGCCCACGUGCCAGAGUUGGGGGCAUGCAGUGAGGCUGGGCCGUGUAAUGAUCUAGUAAAAUAAACUUGUUGGCUGAGAGGGA